AUGAGUUCGACAGAGAAAGAGUCCAAGCAGGUCGAGAUCCAAGCCGCGGUCUUCAUCACGUUCGCAAUCGCGACGAUUGUCAUGGGCCUGCGUCUUCUGAGCCGCAGGCUCAAGAGGAUUCCGCUGUCAUGGGAUGACUACUUUGCAAUCUGCUGCUAUGGCAUGGCAAUUGCCUGGAUCGUCAUCAUCCCGUACUGGGUUACCGGCGGCCUGGGACUUCACAUUCAGGACAUCACGGAUCGACCAAUGGAAGAGGUCCUCUAUCAAAGCAAACUCCUGCUCUUUAUCGCCGAGCUGUUCUACGCGGCCGCGCUAUUCUUUGCUAAGCUCUCCAUCUUGAGCUUGUACUGGCGCAUGUUCAAUGUGACUAGUAUUCGGCUUCCAAUCCAGAUUCUCUUUGGGUGCUCGGUUGUCUGGAUGAUCUUCCGACUAUUCAUGGGCAUCUUCCACUGCGUUCCUGUCCACGCAUUCUGGGAUUCCUCGGCCGGUGGGAGUUGCGCUAUCGAGGAUAAAAAGUUCUUUUUCGGAACGACCCUGGUUCAUGCUGUUAUCGAUAUCGCCAUCCUGGUCCUUCCGAUGAUGGAGAUUGGAAAGUUGCAGCUGCCUCUUAUGCAAAAGAUUGGCAUCAUGCUCAUGUUCACGUUUGGCUUCUUCAUCUGUGGUGCCGCCAUCGUGGUUAUUGUAGCCGCCAGGCGGUUCAACGACAAGUCGCCCGAUCUGACCUGGAACAUUUGCACCAUUGUCAUCUGGGCAACAGUCGAGGUGAACCUCGUCAACGUGUCAGCCUGCCUCCCCACGAUCCGACCCGCCUGCAAAUACCUCUUCUGCUGCCAGAGCCCACAGACGCACAACGGCGCAAGCUCCAACAACUACAGCCGCAGCCAGACCAAGCAGUCGAUCCGCCUCGACACGAUACACAAGUCCAAGGCCAACGACGAGUCCAGCUCGACGCACCAGCUAGCCGACUCGGACGACGACCGCCGCCGCUCGGUAUCCGACUUUGAGAGCCACGCCCUCGACCGAUUCGGCAAUAAUACCUCGACCAUCACUGGGUCUCGCCAUCUCGGUGCCAGUCAACCCGACUUGGGCUCGAUAUUUGGUGGGAUCAUGGUCAAGAACGAGACAAGGGUGCGGAUUUCGCAGCGGGGUUAG